AAAAUGAAUAAAAAUAAAGAAACAGAGAAGAAAUAAGAAGAAGUAUAGAAAACUAAUUAAAUAGAUACAGCGACUAUAAGAAGCAGAAACCCUGCAGUGAACAGAAAAAAGGAUCAUUGAAACCAGACAAAGAAUCAGCUGAACGGAAAAUUGUACAAAUUAAAGAAAAAAUGGAAUCUUUUCAAAAUUUUACUGUCUGUCCCUGGGUCUGAAAAUAAUGCUGCUCUGGUUAGGUACCCUGUAUAUACUGGGUAGUGUAGGGGGAAGGGUGGAGGAGAAGAAUCCUCCGACAAGUCCUGUAUCUGUGGUCAGAAUCGUAGCACAGACUGGAGAGGAUGUUAGAAUAUCCUGCCCUGUCGAGGGGAAACCAAAUCCUUAUGUGGAGUGGAGUAAAGAGGGCACAAUAAUAGAUUACUCCUGGACUAGAUAUAAAACACACAGAAAAUAUUUGAAGAUCAAACAAGUAACAAAGGAAGAUGCAGGGGUGCUCAUGUGUAAAGGAAUAAAUGGUUUCGGAUCUACAAUGGUUCGAAUAGAACUGUAUAUCUCGGAUUCCAUGGAUAAAGAAGUAGGCCCACUUUUCUCCGAAUCUACCAUGAACCUGAACACACUUUACAAGAAAUUAACAGGAGAACAAUUCUCAUUGGUCUGCGAAGCACUCGGUGUACCACCUCCAAAUAUAACAUGGUUUAAAGAAUCAAGAAGUUUAUCUACAACUAGCAAAAUACACAUUCACACAUUAACCCUAGCAGAUUCCGGUGUAUAUAGCUGCCUGGCUACUAACCGUGUGGGUCAGAUUAAGCGUGAGUUCUACCUGACUGUGGAAUCCCCACAGGUUGAGCUGCCGGUCAUUAAACAUAUCACUAACACCACUGUCUACCAGGGCCAAACUGUGGAACUAGAAUGUGAAGUAGAUUCUGGGCUAAAACCUGAUAUUCAAUGGUUACAGGAGAGUACAGGAGAAGAGUACAGCAUACAUCUAGGAGAUAUGAACCUUGUACACGCCGGGGAGAGUCAAAUAAGAAUGAAUAAUAUUGAUAACAACAACAACAACAACAACAUCAUCAACAAAGUUAUAAAGUACCACAGUUUAUUUACAGUAACUGCAGCUCAAUCAAAGGUUUAUGUUUGCCUGGCCACUAAUCCUGCCGGAGGGUUCAGUUUUAAGAAAUCAUAUCUUAACGUUGUUCCGUUGUUCUACCUGAACCUGAUCCCCAUGGUCUCCGGUAUCCUCGUCUUCAUCCUCAUCCUCAUCCUCGUCAUUGUCGUCACGUGGAUCAUGAGAUCCAGGCAGAAGCUUCUCCUUUCACAAUAUCAGUCCAGUUCCUAUUCUACACAUAUCUACGAUGUACCGCAUUAUACUCCAGUAUCCUAUACAGAUACUAUGAGUACUCCACUCUCGAUCAGGCAAAGUCAGACAAAUUCUCCUCGUUCCUUGACGUACAGCAACAGAAGUUUACGACCUGAAACCAAAGAACAAUGGGAGUAUAUGAAGGGAUAUACAGGAUACACUCAUACUGAUACUGGAUACAAGAAUACAACUAGUGGAUACAACAAUAUUCCUGCUGGAUAUAAGAAAACAGUUACCGGAUACAAUGAUUCGAUUACAGGAUACAAUAACAGUGAAUAUUGUGAUAUCAAACUAAUAUAAUCCAG